AUGCUGUCGAGAGUAGUCUCCAGGAGACUGCUCGCGGCACAGAAUACCCAAGCGAUAUGUGAAGGAUUCCGGAUAUGCCGUUUGGCACGGCUGAAUCAGACGAUAUUGCAAGUGCAGGCCAGCACUGGUGGAUCACGAUCUGGAUUCGCCAGGCUCGCUUCUUCUGCUUCGUCGGCGCGAUGGAAGACCCGUCAGGGCAAAGAUAGCUAUACACGAGAUGCGAAACUCGCUGGCUUGAAGUCUCGAGCUGCCUUUAAACUCCUGGAGAUCAACGACCGCUAUAAACUUUUCCGACGAGGCGAUACAGUGGUUGAUCUGGGCUAUGCACCCGGAUCGUGGAGUCAGGUGGCUGUGAAUAGGACAGCUCCUGGAGGAAGGGUAAUCGGCAUCGAUGUCAUACCUGCGCAGCCACCGAGAGGUGUGAGCACGAUUCAAGGCAACUUCCUUAGUCCGGAGAUCAGGGCGGAAGUCAGAGACUUUGUGCUUGAUCCGCUGCGUGGACGGCCACGGGACAGUCAGAGACUGGCAACACGGCAAGAUGAAGAGGGUGGUGCAACACAAGACGAACUGGAGCAGGACGAUCGAGGGAUUAUUGAGCUUGAGAAGGCGGCAAAUAUUGGAUCGCCUGAACCCCGGCUGAGUAGUGAGAGGCCAACGACGACGUCGUCUCAACAUGUACUGGAUGCAGCAGAAGGACGUGUGGUCAAUGUGGUGCUAUCAGACAUGUGCGAACCCUGGCCGUUGGCCACCAGUACGUGGGUGAAGAGUGUUAAUAACCCGUUCCGCAGGAUGAUGAAUACAAGCGGAAUGGCUUUUCGUGAUCAUGCUGGGAGUAUGGAUCUCUGCCUAGCGGCUCUCGAAUUUUGCUAUGAUACGCUUGCGACUGGUGGCAGCUUUCUAUGCAAGUUCUACCAAGGAGCGGAGGAUCAUGCUUUGGAGAUGCGGCUGAAGAAGCUGUUUGAAAAAGUGCAUAGGAUCAAGCCUGACUCUUCACGGAAGGAGAGCAAGGAGGCUUAUUUGGUAGGCUUGAAGCGUAAGGCUGGUGUAGGCAGAGAGCUCGUACUUGGUGAUACGUGA